ACGAGGACAUGGAAGACGUAACCCGCAAUGAGGAAGAGUCAGGAGAGGAGUAUGACGAGAACGCGGACGAGGACUUCAACCCAGACCAAGUGAAGGAGGAUGCCGACAAUUCUGAAUCAUCGGGAGAUGACGAUGAGGAUCGAGACGACGCUUCGAGCAAAACAACGAAGAAGAAGCCCAGCAAGAGGAAAGUAGAGGCGCCCGAAUUCGAUCUGGAUUCAGGAGAUGAAGCUACAAUCAAAGAGCGCAAAACCAAGCGGAGGAAGAAGGAUAUAGCACACGAUGAGGACUCGGGCGGCGAAGGAGGCUUUGUACGCACCCGGAGGCAACGUGCCGUCGAGAGAGAGGAGCGCAGGAAUCGGAAGAAGGGCGUACGUGAGGGCGCGGUGACGAUCGAUGUGGACCAAUUAUGGGCAGAGCUCAGCAGUAUACCAGUUGGACGAGUCGCCCUACCACCUCCGAAACUCGAUGUUGAAGAUAUGGAUGCCGGCGCAGAAGGUAACAAGGAAAAUUCGGCUGAAGCAGCAUCAAAACAAAUGGUCACGAUCAAACGAAAAAGCCAAUAUGCCGGAGAAAUUACCUACAUUGACGUAGAGGUAUCACGGACUUCCAAAGAAGCAAUACAAUACUUUCGAGAACAUCCCGAGCUAGAUCCCGAUAGAGCGGCGCCCAGCACUGCGACAGAUGCAGCAAACCCAUCAAAGGCGACCAAUCGUCCUUUACGCAGGCCGUCAAUGUUCGAGCCUAACCCUGCUGGUCUGGUCAAAGGAGUCCCGCCGGAGAAAUUACGACAUAGAGCACCGAGUCGCAUCGACGUCCUGCUGGCGCAAAGGAGGGAAGAUGCGAAGAAGAAAGCGCAAAAGUUGAGUACUGUGCAGAUGAGCCAGUAUGAUUGGAAGAGUUAUGUUGAGAAGGAGGAGGGUUUGAAGGAUGAACUGGACAUGUACCAAAGAAGCGGAAAUCGUUUUUUGGAGAAGGAGUCCUUUUUGGAUCGUGCUGCUGGGGCCAGAGAGGCUGCCGCGAGGGACGCACGGCUGAAGAUUUGAUGCGCCUUGUAGGCUUGUGGCGUGCACAGUGGACUGCCACGAUUUGCAUACUGGUGGUA